GAAGAAUUACCAGCCCAACGUUCAGACAACUCAGAGCUAUNCAGCCUGGACCAAUAGAUAUAAUAAUAGGGGCUGACAACUACGGGCAGAUAAUUAAAGAUGAAGUUGUCAAGUCUAAACAGUCAAGAUUAGUUGGCCAACGAACAGCAUUUGGUUGGAUAUUAUCAGGUCCAAUCAACUGCUCCGGUCGCUCAACGAGGGUCUCCUUAUCAGCUGUAUGGGAAUCUUCAAAUGAACGACUACUAGAGCUUCUACAAAGGUUUUGGGUCCAGGAAGAAUUACCAGCCCAACGUUCAGACAACUCAGAGCUAUCACAAGACGAGCUGGAGUGUGAAAAACACUUCAGAUCAACACACAGCAGAGAUUCAAAAGGGCGUUACAUUGAAGAAUUACCAGCCCAACGUUCAGACAACUCAGAGCUAUCACAAGACGAGCUGGAGUGUGAAAAACACUUCAGAUCAACACACAGCAGAGAUUCAAAAGGGCGUUACAUUGUGAGGCUCCCAUUGAAAACGUCAGCAGAAGCGCUCGGGGAGUCAAAGUUCAAGGCUUCACGACAGCUCAAAUCAACAGUCAGCAAACUCAACAACAAUCAGGAAUAUGCCCAGCUCUACAAGGAGUUUAUCAACGAGUACGAGGCUUUGGGACAUAUGCAGAGAGCACCGGAUUCUCCAGAACCUACCCCAGCCUAUUAUCUGCCACACCACGGGGUUCUGAGCGAAGAGGCUAUCACCACAAAACUGAGAGUCGUUUUCAACGGCUCCAGUCCCAGCUCAUCAG